AGAUGUUGCCAGACCAGGGAGUGCCAGACUAGAGUGGUUCGGCCUGUAAUAGGUCCAGACCUACUGCCUUCCUCUGUUGACCACUUCCCCCGGGGGCAGAGGUGUGUAAAAGGGGCAGAAAUCUUUUGGAGAAUUGAUUUCAUGGCACUUUUAAAAAUGUAUCGCUUUGUGGUUUUGCUCUCUGUUUCAAGGAGUUAUUUACAACAUGCCCCCUUUAAAAAAAAUCUCCCUCGCUUCAAAUGGCACCACUAUUUGAAAGCUUAUAUAGGUGGUAGUAGCAAAUAUGUGGUUAAAGAAAGGUGUGCUCCAAUCCUGUAAAUUGAUCAAUAUUGGCAGAUUCUUGCACCCAUGCAGAAUGUUGAUGAUCUAACUACAUGGAUGUGAUUGCAGAUCAGGGUUUAAGUUAUUUCCAGUAGUGCAACAUUCCCCCACCUCCAAAAUUACACAUUUGAGGUGAAAUGUGUUUUAUUUCUGGGGGGAAAUACAUGAAAUGCUUUUCUUCCCAGGUCUUAGUUUUGAUGAUCUUGGUCCUAAGUGAAGAUAAGGCAAAAUACAAUUUAACAAAAAGUUUAGUCCAUGAUCCUGAAAGUUUCUUCAUACUGACAGACCCUCUCCUCAUACAGAUCUUUGGACAUUGAUCUCAGUGUGGUUCUGCUCACAUGAAAGAAUAUGGCCAUUCAGAUAUGGGGAUUGUUUUGGAAAUGGAGUUACUUGGAAAAUUGUUUACAGAGCUGAUACAAUUUAUGAUUUUUCACUACAUUUUAAACUACAGUCAUAGAUAUCAAGAGCCACUUACACUUCUAUUUUGGCAUUAUACAUCCCAUCUAGUUUUAAUUUUUUUUAAAACAGAGUCUUUUGUAUUAAAACCCCUUUUAUUGCAAUAUUAGUAUGUAGAAUUUAAGUACACUAAUGUCAGGAAGUUGAUGUCUUUCAAAACUGUAACUCAGCUACAUUGUAUGUGUGGUGCAAAAGUAGCAUUUUCUAUUUCUGCAGAGUAUGUUAUAGAAUAUUUGUUAAGAGCUAGCCAAACUUUUAGGUCCAAGUCUGACAGGCUGUCAUUAAAGCUAAGUAAGUCCUCAUGGCAUUCAGUUUUUAAAAAAGGAAGCAUAACAGGUAAAAAAAAACAAGCAAAAAAUAAUACAUAUAUUAUCCAAUUUUUCUCCUCUCAUAUUGUGUAUUUAAAUACAAAAUACUAUCCUCCCCGCAUCUUACAGCUUUUUAUUCUUGUGAAAUGUUUCUUUUUUAGCUAUUUAUUUUUUAUUUCUGCUCUCUCUCCUUCCUAGAUGUUUUUGCUGAGCUUAAGGAGAAGUAGUGCAUUUUGGGAAAGUAAUUUCCCCCCCACUAGUUGUGGUUUUUUCUGUUGUGCCUUGACUGCACUACAGCUUGUGGCAGUAAAUCAUAUGGAGGAAAUUAUUGCAGACCACAGUAAAUAAAGGACACUGCUAAAAGAGCAAGAGAAAGCUAACACAGAUGCUUGUUGCGGAAGGCUUCCUUCUUGGAGAAGUAAAAGGUGAAGCCAAGAACAGCAUUACUGAUUCUCAGAUGGAUGAUGUUGAAGUUAUUUAUACAAUUGAUAUACAAAAGCAUAUUCCAUGCUAUCAGCUUUUCAGCUUUUAUAACUCUGCAGGUGAACUGAAUGAGCCUGCACUGAAGAAAAUGUUAUCAGGUUGCAAAAAGAAUGUGAUAGGCUGGUACAAAUUCAGACGUAAUACAGACCAAACAAUGACAUUCCGAGAGAGACUCCUUCACAGGAAUUUACAGUCAUACUUAUCAAAUCAGGGUCUUGUCUUUCUGUUACUAACUUCCAGUGUAACUACAGAAAGCUGUUCCACUUACAGAUUAGAACAUGCUUUGCAUAGACCACAAGAGGGUCUUUUCCAGAAAGUUCCUCUGGUAGUUGCCAACUUGGGUAUGGCAGAACAGCAAGGUUACAGAACUGUAUCUGGCUCCUGUAUUUCUGCUGGCUUUGGAAAAGCAGUAAAAAAACACAGGUCUGAAUUUUUUUAUGAAGAUGGAUCACUAAAAGAGGUUCAUAAGAUUAAUGAAAUGUAUGCCACCUUGCAGGAGGAAUUGAAGAAAUUAUGUUCUAAAGUAGAAGGCAGUGAACGAUCAGUAGAGAAACUCCUAGCAGAAGUGGAUCAACUAAAACAAGAAAUAAAAAGAAAAAAGGAGCAGACACAAACUUCAGGAGAGAACAAAAGUGAUUCAGCUGAACCAACGGAGAAUGUUUUCCUUUGUCAAGCUUUACAAACAUUUUUCCCAAAUUCUGGACUUCAGACCUGCAUUGUGUCCUUAAAAGGCAGGCAGAUUUCUAAACACUGCUGUAACACUGACCACAAAAUAAAUGUAAUGGACAAACUGACUCUAAUGCAAGAAGACAGUGACUUUCCUGAAGCUGGAACAAAGCAGAUAACCAAGCGCAAAGCUAGUGUGACUACAGCUGGAAGAAAAACAUUCAAGAAAUCACGCUCAUUGCAACCUCACCAGAAGUUACUUAAAGGGGACCAAGACUACAGAGACCAAGAAGAAAAGCUUACAAUGAGUGGUACUGAAACAGAUGAAGAAACUCUGGAAGAAGUUAAGGACAGUAAUGAAUAUCCACAAUCGCCAACUUUCUAACCCUUUGGGCCAAGUAUAGGAUUUUCCUCAGGGUGACUACUGCUGCACCAAAAAACUACUGCCAACACAUCAACUAUAUUUCAUCAGUUUAUACUAGGGCUAAACCAAUGCAUCAUUUUGUUAAAAAAAUGUAAAACAGGUUUUUUAAAGUGGAGGUGUCUUAUUUGGAAAAUGUAGAGCCGAGUCCAGAUUACAUUUCCUCUCUCUGCAUUCCCUUUCUCUCAGGGCUCACAAUAGGAAGAAUAGUAGUAAAGUACAAACAUUAAAAACUUAGAGCUGCUGCAACUGUCAGAGUUGGGAUGUACUGUACCAUGUCUUUUUAAAAUAGGUCUUAAAAUGUUAGUCUAUUGCUAAAGGCAAAUACAUUUAGGCUUUCCUCAGCAGCAACUGCAUCUAGUGGCAGAACAACUUGGUAUUUGGAUCUGCAAUGUUAACAAUAGGGGUGUAAAGGAUAGUCGACUAAUCACUUCUCCCCCCCUUGCUGCCUCCAUCAGAUAGAGGCAGCAGCAGGGGGAGAAGAGGAGGCACUUAAAAGCAGCAGCAUCACCACAUGGAGCCUGUGGUCAGCUGC